UUCAGCGGGCGAGGCGAGCAGCUGCGCCUGCGGGCCGACCUCGAGCUGCCCCGGGACGCGUUCACGCUGCAAGUGUGGCUGCGAGCGGAGGGGGGACAGAAGUCUCCGGCGGUGAUCACAGGGCUAUAUGACAAAUGUUCUUAUGCCUCACGUGACCGAGGAUGGGUCGUGGGCAUUCACACCGUCAGUGACCAAGGCAACAGAGACCCACGCUACUUUUUCUCCUUGAAGACAGACCGGGCCCGGCAAGUGACCACCAUCAAUGCCCACCACAGCUACCUUCCAGGCCAGUGGGUCUACCUGGCUGCCACCUACGAUGGACGUCUGAUGAAGCUCUAUGUGAAUGGUGCCCAGGUGGCAACCUCUGGGGAGCAGGUGGGUGGCAUUUUCAGCCCACUGACGGAGAAGUGUAAAGUCCUCAUGCUGGGAGGCAGCACCCUGAAUCACAACUACCGGGGCUAUAUGGAGCGCUUCAGCCUAUGGAAGGUGGCCAGGACGCAGCGGGAGGUCCUGAUGGACAUGGAAACCCACGGCCUGCACACUCCUCUACCUCAGCUCCUCCUCCAGGAGAACUGGGAGGAUGUGAAGCGCGCCUGGUCCCCCAUGAAGAACGGGAGCAGCCCCCGCGUGGAGCUCAGCGGCGCCCCCGGCUUCCUGCUGGACACGAGUUUGGAGCCUCCGCUGUGCGGGCAGACGUUGUGUGACAACGCCAAGGUCAUCGCCAGCUACAACCAGCUCCCGCGGUUCCGCAGGCCCAAGGCGGUGCGCUACCGCGUGGUCAACCUCCGUGACGACGGCGGCGAGAACCCCACCGUCAGCCGCCAGCAGAUCGACUUCCAGCACCGGCAGCUGGCCGAGGCCUUCAAGCACUACAACAUCUCCUGGGAGCUGGAGGUGCUCGAGGUGAGCAACUCGUCCCUGCGCCACCGCCUCAUCCUGGCCAACUGCGACAUCAGCAAGAUCGGGGACGAGAACUGCGACCCGGAGUGCAACCACACGCUAACCGGCCACGACGGCGGGGACUGCCGCCACCUGCGCUACCCCGCCUUCAUGAAGAAGCAGCAGAACGGGGUGUGCGACCUGGACUGCAAUUACGAGCGGUUCAACUUCGACGGCGGGGAGUGCUGCGACCCCGACAUCACUGACGUCACCAAGACCUGCUUCGAUCCCGACUCUCCGCACAGAGCAUACUUGGAUGUUAAUGAGCUGAAGAACAUUCUUAGAUUGGAUGGAUCAACACACCUCAAUAUCUUCUUUGCAAACUCUUCGGAGGAGGAAUUGGCGGGAGUAGCAACUUGGCCGUGGGACAAGGAGGCCCUAAUGCACUUAGGUGGCAUCGUUUUGAAUCCCUCUUUCUACGGCACUCCUGGGCACACCCACACCAUGAUCCACGAGAUUGGGCACAGCCUGGGCCUCUACCACAUCUUCCGAGGCAUCUCGGAAAUCCAGUCUUGCAGUGACCCCUGCAUGGAGACAGAGCCCUCCUUUGAGACUGGAGACCUCUGCAGCGACACCAACCCAGCCCCAAAACACAAGUUCUGUGGCGACCCGGGGCCAGGGAACGACACCUGCGGCUUUAAUAGCUUCUUCAACACUCCUUUCAACAACUUCAUGAGCUACGCAGAUGACGACUGCACGGACUCCUUCACGCCCAAUCAAGUCGCCAGAAUGCACUGUUACCUGGACCUGGUGUACCAGAGCUGGCAGCCCUCCAGGAAGCCGGCGCCUGUCGCCCUCGCCCCCCAGAUCAUGGGCCACACGACCGACUCCGUGACGCUGGAGUGGUUCCCACCCAUCGAUGGCCACUUCUUUGAAAGAGAAUUGGGAUCAGCAUGUGACCUUUGCCUGGAGGGGAGAAUCCUGGUGCAGUUUGCCUUCAAUGCCUCCUCCCCGAUGCCCUGUGGCCCAUCGGGACACUGGAGUCCUCGCGAAGCAGAAGGUCAUCCAGAUGUCGAACAGCCCUGUAAGUCCAGCGUCCGCACCUGGAGCCCAAAUUCAGCUGUCAACCCACACACAGUGCCCCCAGCCUGCCCUGAGCCUCAAGGCUGCUACCUUGAACUGGAAUUCCGCUACCCCUUGGUCCCUGAGUCUUUGACCAUCUGGGUGACCUUUGUCUCCACUGACUGGGACUCUAGUGGAGCUGUCAAUGACAUCAAAUUGUUGACUGUCAGUGGGAAGAACAUCUCCCUGGGCCCUCAGAACGUCUUCUGCGACGUCCCACUGACCAUCAGACUGCGGGAUGUGGGUGAGGAAGUGUAUGGCCUCCAGAUCUACACGUUGGAUGAGCACCUGGAGAUCGAUGCUGCCAUGUUGACCUCCGUUGCAGACAGCCCGCUCUGCCUGGCGUGUAAGCCCCUGCAGUACAAGGUGGUUCGGGAUCCUCCUCUCCAGGCAGAUGUGGCCUCCAUCCUACACUUCAGUAGAAGAUUCACAGACAUGGAUCUAAACCUUGGCAGUGUGUACCAGUACUGGGUCAUCACUAUUUCAGGAAAUGAGGAGAGUGAGCCAUCACCGGCUGCCGUUUACAUCCAUGGAAGCGGGUACUGCGGCGAUGGCAUCAUCCAGAAAAGCCAAGGCGAAGAAUGCGAUGACAUGAAUAAGGUCAGUGGGGACGGCUGCUCCCUUUUCUGCCGACGGGAAGUGUCCUUCAAUUGCAUCGAUGAACCCAGCCGGUGCUAUUUCCAUGAUGGUGAUGGGGUAUGUGAGGAGUUUGAGCAAAAAACCAGCAUCAAGGACUGUGGUGUCUACACGCCCCAGGGGUUCCUGGAUCAGUGGGCAUCCAAUGCUUCCGUAUCGCAUCAAGACCCGCAGUGCCCAGGCUGGGUCAUCAUCGGCCAACCAGCAGCAUCCCAGGUGUGUCGAACCAAGGUGAUAGAUCUCAGCGAAGGCAUCUCCCAGCACGCCUGGUACCCCUGUACCAUCAGCUACCCAUACUCCCAGCUGGCUCAGACCACUUUCUGGCUCCGGGUUUACUUUUCUCAGCCGAUGGUUGCUGCCGCUGUCAUUGUCCACCUGGUGACCGAUGGGACCUAUUACGGGGACCAAAAACAGGAAACCAUCAGCGUCCAGCUGUUUGAUACCAAAGACCAGAGCCACGAUCUAGGCCUCCAUGUCCUGAGCUGCAGGAACAAUCCCCUGAUUAUCCCUGUGGUCCAUGACCUCAGCCAGCCCUUCUACCACAGCCAGGCGGUCCGUGUGAGCUUCAGUUCACCCUUGGUCGCCAUCUCGGGGGUGGCCCUCCGCUCCUUCGACAACUUUGACCCCGUCACCCUGAGCAGCUGCCAGAGAGGGGAGACCUACAGCUCUGCCGAGCAGAGCUGUGUGCACUUUGCAUGUGAGGCCACUGACUGCCCGAAGCUGGCCGUGGAGAAUGCUUCUCUCAACUGCUCCAGCAGUGACCACUACCACGGCGCCCAGUGCACUGUGCGCUGCCGGACAGGCUACGUGCUCCAGAUACAGCGGGAUGACGAGCUGAUCAAGAGCCAGACAGGACCCAGUGUCACAGUCACCUGCACGGAGGGCAAGUGGAACAAGCAGGUGGCAUGUGAGCCGGUGGACUGUGGCGUCCCGGACCAGCACCACGUCUACGCUGCCUCGUUCUCCUGCCUCGAGGGCACCACCUUUGGCAGCAAAUGCUCGUUCCAGUGCCGUCACCCAGCGCAGUUGAAAGGCAACAACAGCCUCCUGACCUGUAUGGAGGACGGGCUGUGGUCCUUCCCGGAGGCCCUGUGCGAGCUCAUGUGCCUGGCUCCACCCCCGGUGCCCAAUGCGGACCUCCAGACGGCCCGGUGCCGCGAGAACAAGCACAAGGUGGGCUCUUUCUGCAAGUACAAGUGCAAACCUGGAUACCACGUGCCCGGCUCCUCCCGGAAGUCAAAGAAACGAGCCUUCAAGACCCAGUGUACCCAAGAUGGCAGCUGGCAGGAGGGAGCUUGCGUUCCCGUGACGUGUGACCCUCCCCCCGCCAAAUUCCACGGGCUCUACCAGUGCACCGACGGCUUCCGGUUCAACAGCGAGUGUCGGAUCAAGUGUGAAGACAGCGAUGCCGCCCAGGGUCCCGGGAGCAACGUCAUCCACUGUCGGAAGGACGGCACCUGGAACGGGUCCUUCCACAUCUGCCAGGAGAUGCAAGGCCAGUGCUCGGCCCCGGGCCAGCUCAACAGCAACCUCAAGCUGCAGUGCCCCGAAGGCUACGCCAUAGGGUCGGAAUGUGCCACCUCGUGCCUGGACCACAACAGCGAGUCCAUCAUCCUGCCAGUGAACAUGACCGUACGUGACAUCCCCCACUGGCUGAACCCCACACGAGUGGAGAGAGUCGUCUGCACGGCUGGUCUCAAGUGGUAUCCUCAUCCAGCGCUGAUCCACUGUAUCAAAGGCUGUGAGCCCUUCAUGGGAGACAAUUACUGUGAUGCCAUCAACAACCGAGCCUUCUGCAACUACGAUGGUGGGGAUUGCUGCGCGUCUUCGGUGAAGACCAAAAAGGUCACCCCCUUCCCUAUGUCUUGUGACAUACAAGGUGACUGUGCUUGUCGGGACCCGCAGGCCCAAGAACACAGCCGGAAAGACCUCCGGGGAUACAGCCAUGGCUAAGGAAGGACAAGGAGUUGUCAAAGAAUUCCCAGCGCCAGGACCCGCAUCCCUUUGGUAUUGAUUUCACAGUCAGCUGCUCAACGGAAUGGCCUCUCCACACCAGGGACCCUUAGCACCCGACCGGUCUGCCUUUAAUUUCACCCAGGAAGGACUUGCAGUGGGCGGGGGGGGGGGCGUGAACCACGUCUCGUCAUGUUGAAUGUUGCAAUGGAAUCCCAUCCCAAAGUCUUAGAUGGACUGCAUAUACAGUGUGCAGUCCCUGAGCCUCCUAAAAAUUCUAACCAUUUGUCGUAUGACCAUGGCAAGAAACAUGUUCUGUAUCUAGGAGUGGGAGUGUGCCCACCCGUGGUUGGUCCACAUGCAUGCGUAUGCACCCAUGCAAACAUCCGUGUGAGGGCGAUUUUGGAGACUGAGUAGAGAGAGACUGGGACAGACUCAGCCUUUCCUUUCCCAAGCUCACAGCCAACACUGUCCCUGGGAGAAAGAGAGUUGUAGGAGCUGCUAAGACCAAGUGUUGAAAUGCCAAGAAAGCUCACACCCUGAGGCCUGGAAUAUGUAAGACACGCACAAGUGUGUAGUCCUUUGGGAUAGGAAGUAAAAGGGCCUUGAUCACCUACCUUCUAGGGAAGCAGGACCAGGAAGAGGUAAAGGAUGCAAGGUGUGCAGAGCCCCCAAGUUCCUCCGCUGCCAUGGGGGACUCUACCCCAGCUCCAGGGUGAGAGGCCAAGCUGGAAAUGGCUUAGGGUUACAGUGUCAAGGUAUUAUAACAGCCCCCUGCUUGAGGCCUGAGGCCGUACUAUCCCUCCCACUCCCCAAAUCUUGCCUUGGGACCACAUUUGCUGCUGCUCUUCUGGCUGCUCUCUCCUCCACUGUAAGUACCCCGAGACGGUAGGACUCCGUUAGGGAAAACCCCACACAACCAAACAGUCUGCCUUAACAGUGACCCACACUCUUCCACAGCCCCCUACUCCUUGGCCCUUCUGCAAGAGAAUACCCCUCCUUGGCCCACACGGUGAGAAGUGAAGUGCCCUGUGGCUGGGCUACUCAUCCUGGAAGGGAACUGAGGGACUUAAGAUGCUGGAAUCCUCACUGAGAGUCCGGAAUGUCCAAGCCAGUGUUAGAUUUUAUAACCACAUGGAACAGUGUUAAGUUUCUAUGAUGUUGGAGCCAUCUAGAGACUGCUGGAAUUGUCGGAACUUUGAGUUACCAUCCUUUUCUGAGCCUUCCUGCCCCUCCAGGCUAGAGCACACUUUGGUUCUGAGCACCUCUCUGUUGCCCUGAUUAGCUAUGAUUUGAAACAGAGAAUCAGUCGUCUUGGAUGUGAUCUAUCUGGACUGUGUCCUAGAGGGCCAUCGGGGGAAGCUGAAGAGUUCACAGCCUUGCUCCCCAACAACCCAGUAUGUUUUGCACUUAGCCUUCCAUCUACCAGUCCUCCCACCCACACCUGUGGAAGGGUGACCCCUCCCUUCCUCCCAUGUUCAGCCUCCAAAAGUUAAGAGGAAAUUAGUCAAACGCAUGUAGAAGCCCCCACCUCUUUGGGGUCGUCUUUGCCUCUUUUCAGCCAGUUACCUGUCCACUCCUUUUGAAUUUCACAUGGGAAGAGAUUAAUUAAUACAGAAUGAGGUAGAGAGAAUGACAGGAUUUCUGAGACCUGAAACGGAGGAAGUGAGGUGAUGGGAGGGUCUAAACUAGAUGUGUCACACAAAGAGUGCUACAAAUCGAGUCAUCUCUAGUCCGGUGAAGACAACCCACAAAAACAAAGCUUAGCAUAGAAAUGGGAAGUACCAGGUACGUGUGCUGACGCUCCUUACCCCUGCAUCCCCCAGCCUUUUUCCUCUGGGGACCAAAAAUAACUCCAGAAACCUUCUUUCUGUAUCAGUCCCAACAGCAACUACCUGCUGAUCAGGAACGUUUGAGGAGACAUCUUGUUGGCCAUCUGUGGUCUGUUAUCUUAAGAAACAGAUCAAGGUGCUUCUCACACAGGUGCCCACAAAUAAGGAUGCCAUGGCCUGGACCACAGUGCAGACUCUGCGCCUGGGUUCCGGAAUGGAGAGACUACCAGGCUCCCCGCUCUUAAGGCCUGGCUCAAAUCCUUUAGGGUUCCUUCUUACAAACUCAUAUCUCAUUUAUAUUCAAGGCCUGUUUUCCCCCCCGCUAUAAUUACCAAAGCCAAUCCUUGGCAAAAUAAUAACAACAAUGUAAGAACUGAUCCCAUUUUUCACCCCCCCUCCAGCAUCUUAGAACCCUUGCCAACUCGGAAAGUCCCUCUCUUGCACUAGCUGAGUUACCAACCUGUGUGGUGUUAGCCAGGAAGGAACAAACCAAGAAAGGUACAGGAGUCAGCCUCCCAGGCGCUUCCUGACGCCAGGAAGCAGCACAAAAAGCCUUGGAGACCCGAGGACAACAGCACCAGUGAUGGGGUUGCAGAAGCCAUGGGAGAGCCUCUCCAGCUUCCCCUAGAUCAGCUCCCACCCUCUUUCCCUCUUUACUGGCACCCUUGUCUGUCCCCACACACUCAUCAGCUGAGCAAAGCUUCCUGGAGGCUGACUUCUACCUUCAGACGCUCAGACUGAGUUGAGCCCUUCCGAGCAAAGAUCCCCCCAGUCGCCUUCUUACCAGCAUUCAAACCUGUUACUCACAAAUUCAUACUUGCCGAGGCUGUGAGGCACGGCAGGCUACCUGGCUGAUGGCCAACCUCGCGCCUCCCCGGAAGGUGUCCGUGACAGGCCCCUCUCAAACCUCAGUGGAGGACAGUCAGCUCGAGCCGUGCCACACCCUGAGUCUCGGUUUCAUGUCUUCCUGGGGAUGAACUCAUUGCCUCAUCCCUUCGGUCACCUCCCGUCCGGGACAGUGGCGUGCUCACAGGGAGGCAGCUCUGAAGCGCUGUUGUCUGCCAGCAGCUCAGGGGCCCUAAAGCACUUGGAGGUUCUGAAGACGUAUUAGCUUCUUCAGAACUUUCUUCAGAACUUGGAGGUUCUGAAGAAGGAUUAGCCUGUAAGCAGCAAGAAAGAAAAGAUGAGGUGGACAGUUCUCCAAGCCUUCUCUUAGGAAGACUUUCCAAAUCACAGCCCUCCUGGCUGCCAGAGGACUUGCGUUACCCCCAGGUUCCAUGCCAACCACCCUUAAGGGACGACAGUCCUUGGGAAGUCCACUCUGGUGGCUGAAUGGGGGUGUGUCGACAGGGAGAAAACAGCGGUUGUAAAUUGUAGGGCUCUGAAGAUGGAGAGGAUCAGCUGCUCCUCUGGGCUUCGGCAUGAGGAGUCACUGCCUAGACAGCGCUCCUGGUCCUUCCCACCUUGGCCAAUGCUUAUGUGCUAUUUGUUGAAAAUAAUCCUUUGAGACAGAUUUCAGCUACCUCCCUUCCAGGUUUGAUUUAACUUGGUUGUAACUGUCAGUUUGUUAUAGGUCUUACCUGUGUUUAAAAAAGAAUGGAAGGAAGGAGAGCAGGAAGGAAAGGAGGGAGGGAAGAGAGAAAGGAAACCACAAAUGAACAGUUUAGAGGUUUUGUGUUUUUUUCUGGAACUACUUCGAGUAGGAAAAUAAAAAGAAUGAAUUGAUGGUGUCAAAACUGUACAGAGAGAGAUUGAUAGAAGACAAGGAGAUUAAAAGUAAAUAAAAAUGCAUGAUUAAAAAAUGAGAAUUUUAAAACCCUAUUUUUGUGCUUCCUAAAGGAAAUGUUUAUUCUGCAGACUGAGUAUGUAGACAUGAGCAUAAAGGUUUUCUGGGCAGGAGACAGCGUGGGGUUUUAUAUCGCUGUCUCUUAUUGUCCGUACAUUGUGGCAGGUCCGGGCACUAAGGCAUCUCCCCCAUGAAUAUGCAGUUGUCGUUCGUGGGGGAGCAUUGUGUCUGUUAGUUUGGUGGCAGUCGGUGAUAGCAGGGCGUGGGGAGGGCUGGAAAUUGGUCUUACCAAACAUUAAGGGGACAUACUGUGUCAUGCGUUUCACAUGAUAAAAUGUUUGUAUUUACCAGUAGAGCACUGGGCUUUCUAAAGUCUGCACUUAGAAUCACUGCACAGUCCACUUUCCUAAAAAGCUGCUACAUGACCAGACAGGUACUUCCCAUGGUUUUUUGAGAAACAAAACAAACCAAGAAAACAAUAAACAUAAAAACUAAAUAGCAAAGAAAUAAAAGCUUAUUCUUGUAAUUCGCUCGAGGUUUGCCAAAUUCCUACCCACUGUUUGAUCUUUAAAAAGAAACGUGUAACAGCCAAGAGAGGAAUUCGGUCCCUAGAGUAAGAACAUAGAAUUCUUGACUCCAGGCAGCAGUUUGCUCAGUGAUCUUGAACAAGUCACCAUCUUGCCUCUCCAUCUGCCUCAGUUUCUCCAGCUGCAAACUGGGGACACUACUACUUACCUACCUCACAGUGGGAGGGCAGGGGAUUGUGA